UGUCAUUAAUUUUUGAGCAAAUUUUGAGUUUUGAGGUUAUAUUCGAAUAAUUUUUCGUCAGUCAUCUUCGUUUCUUAGAACGUUUGAAUUUCUAAAACUGUGUAAAGAAAAUAUACUUAUAUACCUUUAAAAUGGGUCUUGUUAAAGCUGUAACAGACGAAUCAAACUUUCAAGCCGAAUUAGCAAGUGCAGGUACCAAACUCGUAGUAGUUGAUUUUACGGCAACAUGGUGUGGCCCGUGUCAAAGAAUGGCCCCAGUUUUUCAACAGUAUGCUACAAAAUACCCAAGAGCUGUAUUUUUGAAAGUCGAUGUUGAUCAGUGCCAAGAAACUGCAGCAGCACAAGGCGUAUCUGCUAUGCCCACAUUUAUAUUUUAUAGAAAUCGAACUAAAGUAGAUAGAUUGCAAGGUGCAGACCCUCCAGGUUUGGAAGCGAAAAUUCAGCAAUACUAUGGAUCUGAGGAAGGAGAAGAUUCAGAAGGUGUAGCAGGUCAUAUGGAUUUAUCACCAUUUAUUACUAAAGCACAAUGUGAAUGUCUUAAUGAAAGUGAUGAGCAUCCUUUAGCUCAUGCCCUUACUUCAGGUGGAGGUUAUUUACAAUCAGAUUGUGAUGAACAACUUAUUAUUUCUAUUGCGUUUAAUCAAGCUGUGAAGAUUCAUAGUCUAAAAAUUAAAGCACCUGCUGAUAAGGGACCCAAGAACAUUAGAAUAUUUAUUAAUCAACCAAGAACAUUAGAUUUUGAUCUAGCUGAUAGUUAUACAAGUGUUCAGGAUUUGAAAUUGUCCCCGGAAGAUUUAGAAGACAAUUUAAUUAAUCUAAGAUAUGUAAAAUACCAAAAUGUUCAAAACAUUCAAUUAUUUGUAAAGGAUAAUCAGUCAGGAGGUGAUAUAACACAAAUAGAACAUUUAGCUGUUAUAGGAUCUCCAAUCAGUACAACUAACAUGGGAGAUUUCAAAAGAAUUACAGGCAAGAAAGGUGAAAGUCACUAAAUUGAGAGUUCCAUUGUUGCUUUUAUUAACUUAGGAAAUUAAACAGUCUUUUUUAAUAUUGUCUUCAUUUUAACGUACUAUUUAAACAAAAUUUAAAAUUUUAUUUAAAAAUAAAUUAAAUAGAACCAGGGUUGGGUAGGUAGAAAAUUUUAUAUAUUCUACCAUACUUUUUACAUGUAGAAUAUUAAUUUUCUACAUCAACUAAUUGUCUGCAUUUUCUACCUGACCAUGUGUAGAAUAUUAGUUAUGUAUACUAUUAUAUAUACCAUUUUUUUUAUAUUUGUUUAUGAUUAGUACAAGAAAUAAAUAAGAAUAAUCCUAA